AUGCCGGCUCUUUCUCCUACGAUGACUGAGGGAAAUAUCGCAAAAUGGAAUGUUAAGGAAGGCGACUCAUUUGUGGCUGGUGAUGUCUUACUCGAAAUCGAAACGGAUAAGGCUUCAAUGGACGUGGAAGCUCAGGAUGAUGGUAUUAUGGCAAAGAUUAUAGUCAAAGAUGGUAGCAAGGGUAUCAAAAUUGGCACAAGGAUUGGAGUUCUUGCUGAAUCCGGAGACGAUUUGAGUACAUUGGAAAUACCGGCUGAAGAGAGUGCUGCCCCUCCAUCACCCAAAGAAGAGGCCUCGAAGCCAGACCCCGCAAAGUCCUCGGAAUCACAAGUCGAAGCUCCUCCUACCUCGAAGCCUUCCGUAGGGACGUCUGGAAAGGCAAAGAAACAAACAUAUCCUCUACUUCCUUCAGUCGAACAUUUGAUUCACGAACGUGGAUUGGACGCAUCUGAUAUUGACAAGAUGACGCCUAGUGGGCCAAACAAUCGAUUAUUGAAAGGAGAUGUUCUAGCAUAUUUGGGCUCAAUAUCUUCCUCAUAUCCUACUGAACUUUCGCAAAAAAUUGCAAAGCUCUCCCACCUUGACCUCAGCAAUAUCAAACUUGCUCCUCCCAAAGCAAUCAAAGCCGCCAAGAAGGAUGCACCCGAACCAAAACCUAUCACAUUCCACCGUAUCGCCCACACAAUCUCCAUGAAAGCAGCCGUGGAAGUUCAACAGAGGAUACAAUCUACACUUGGUGUAUUCAUACCUCUCUCAACAUUCAUCGAGCGUGCUGCAGAUGUCGCGAAUGAUGACCUCCCCCGCCCAAAGAAUUACAAACCCUCAUCCGAUGAAUUAUUCGACUCUGUUCUCGGACUCGACAAAGUUGAUACAGUGAAUGGUGUUAGAGGAAACUUUCUACCGCAGAGCCGUGUCGCAACACGCCAAAAUGUUGAGGCUUGGCAAAUUUCAAAGCAAAAUAACAGUGUCGAUGUCUAUGAUCUCUUGACAGGCGUAACAAAAAAGGCACCGAUUAGACGCUCGGUUCCAAAAUCAGAGCCAGUUUCAGAAGAUGACUUUUCCGUAAACGUCCCGGAAACUGACAUGGAGGCAGCGUCAAUUUUCAUGCAAAGAUUUAAGCUUGUCCUGGAAAAGGAGCCUGGGAGAUUAAUUCUGUAA